AUAAUUUCAAAGAUUUGUCAAUUGCGGCCCCUUUCUGCAUGAAUAAAAACAGGCGCACAAAAUCAACGACACAAUCCCUCAAAAUUCGAUGACGAAAUGAACAAAUUCUUGAUCUUUACACUUCUUCUCUGCUUCUUAACCGAUCCAAUCCUCUCAAUCGUCCAGCUCAGUUCCAUCUCCUCUUCGUUCCCGGACACUCCCGCCAGAUUCACUAAAGGGCUGAACGGCAGCGUAAUUUGCGGCGAUUUGUGGGUAGCUGAGCCGCUCGACGCCUGCUCCCCGCUGCUCGAUGAAGUCGAAGACGGCGGUGAUGAGAGUGCGAAUAUUGUUCUGAUUAUGAGGGGGAACUGCGCGUUUGAGGAGAAGAUCAGAAAUGCGCAGGAAGCUGGGUUUCGCGCCGCCAUCGUAUACGACGAUCAGCUCGACCACAACCUCAUUUCAAUGAUGGGAAACCCUGAAGGACUGUGGAUAUAUGCUGUAUUUGUGUCGAACACGGCGGGGGAGACCAUGAGAGAGAAUGCUCGGGGAGUCGGAGGUGAAUGCUGCAUCAUCUCACUUGUUGAUGAAACUGCCUGGACGGUGCUGGUUAUAUCGUUUAUUUCGGUCCUUGCUGUAAUCUGUCUCCUGGUUUCAAUCUGCUUCACGGUCAAUCAGUGGAGGAAUUGUCAAGAGACGAGGACCACUGCUGUCGAUGAUAAAGUCGUGGAUAUGCUCCCUAGAAUAACAUUCGGCGCCGUGAAUCUAAUCGACCCCAUAGGAGAGACGUGUAUAAUCUGUCUUGAGGACUACAAACAUGGGGAAAGCCUGAAAGUUCUUCCUUGCCGACAUGGUUUCCACUCGAGCUGUGUGAAUUCAUGGUUGACGAAGGGUGCCACGUUCUGUCCAGUUUGCAAGCAUGAUGUAAGGGCUAGAAUGGCUUCAUCAGUCAAGUGAUCGGAGACCUACUCCGAUCUGCUUAGUUGUCGUUCUUGGCAUGCCAACAACGGUCUUGAAAGUACACAAAGUGCGGCUCUCGCCCCAGCUAACCCUUUCCAAAGGACGUGCUGGUUUUCCCCUCGAGUCGAGAUCAUCAUGAGAAAACUUGACGCCUGCAUAUACUAGAAGAUUGAUACGACAAUUGCAGAAAGCAGCAAAUGCCGAUUGCUGCGAGCAGUGGGAAUGUGUGUUGGAAACAAGUAAACAACUAUUAAUGUUUUGCAUUUUCUUUUUCUUCUCUUUCAAUGGUAUUGAUGGGAUGUUUAAGACUGUAUAAAUAUGUGUUCUAUUAAGUAGUCAUUCUUCGUAA